AUGGUGCAGAAGUCGCGUAACGGCGGCGUGUACCCUGGCCCGAGCGGUGAGAAGAAGCUCAAGGUGGGCUUCGUGGGGCUGGACCCCGGCGCCCCCGACUCCACCCGGGACGGCGCGCUGCUCAUCGCCGGCUCCGAGGCCCCCAAGCGCGGCAGCAUCCUGAGCAAGCCGCGUGCGGGUGGCGCGGGCGCCGGGAAGCCCCCCAAGCGCAACGCCUUCUACCGCAAGCUGCAAAAUUUCCUCUACAACGUGCUGGAGCGGCCGCGCGGCUGGGCGUUCAUCUACCACGCCUACGUGUUCCUGCUGGUCUUCUCCUGUCUCGUGCUGUCCGUGUUCUCCACCAUCAAGGAGUACGAGAAGAGCUCUGAGGGCGCGCUCUACAUCCUGGAAAUCGUGACCAUCGUGGUGUUCGGUGUGGAGUACUUCGUGCGGAUCUGGGCGGCUGGUUGCUGCUGUCGGUACCGCGGCUGGAGAGGGCGGCUCAAGUUUGCCCGGAAGCCCUUCUGUGUGAUUGACAUCAUGGUGCUCAUCGCGUCCAUCGCCGUGCUGGCUGCCGGUUCCCAGGGUAAUGUGUUCGCCACAUCAGCGCUCCGGAGCCUGCGCUUCCUGCAGAUCCUGCGCAUGAUCCGAAUGGACCGGCGGGGCGGCACCUGGAAGCUGCUGGGCUCUGUGGUCUACGCACACAGCAAGGAAUUGGUCACUGCCUGGUACAUCGGCUUCCUCUGCCUCAUCCUGGCCUCGUUUCUGGUAUACUUGGCGGAGAAGGGGGAGAACGAUCACUUUGAUACCUACGCGGAUGCACUCUGGUGGGGCCUGAUCACCCUGACAACCAUCGGCUAUGGCGACAAGUACCCCCAGACCUGGAACGGGAGGCUCCUGGCGGCGACCUUCACCCUCAUCGGUGUCUCCUUCUUUGCUCUUCCUGCCGGCAUUUUGGGGUCUGGCUUUGCAUUGAAAGUUCAAGAGCAGCACCGUCAGAAGCACUUUGAGAAGAGGCGGAACCCUGCAGCGGGUCUGAUCCAGUCCGCCUGGAGGUUCUAUGCCACCAACUUGUCGCGCACAGACCUGCACUCCACGUGGCAGUACUACGAGCGCACGGUGACCGUCCCCAUGUACAGCUCGCAAACUCAAACCUACGGGGCCUCCAGACUGAUCCCGCCGCUCAACCAGCUGGAGCUGCUGCGGAACCUUAAGAGCAAGUCUGGACUUACCUUCAGGAAGGAGCCUCAGCCGGAGCCAUCUCCCAGUAAAGGCAGACGGUGCGCAGAGUCCCUGUGUGGAUGCUGCCCAGGACACGCUAGUCAGAAGGUCAGUUUGAAAGACCGUGUCUUCUCCAGCCCCCGCGGCGUGGCUGCCAAGGGCAAGGGGUCCCCUCAGGCCCAGACCGUCCGCCGGUCACCCAGCGCCGACCAGAGCCUAGAGGACAGUCCAAGCAAGGUGCCCAAGAGCUGGAGCUUCGGGGAACGUGGCCGUGCCCGGCAGGCAUUCCGGGCCAGGGGUGCUGCUUCGCGGCAGAACUCGGAAGAAGCAAGUCUCCCAGGGGAGGACAUCGUGGACGACAAUAAGAGCUGCAACUGCGAGUUUGUGACAGAGGAUCUGACCCCAGGCCUCAAAGUCAGCAUUCGGGCCGUGUGUGUUAUGCGGUUCCUGGUGUCCAAACGGAAGUUCAAGGAGAGCCUGCGGCCCUACGACGUGAUGGAUGUGAUCGAGCAGUACUCAGCCGGCCACCUAGACAUGCUGUCCCGCAUCAAAAACCUGCAGUCCAGAGUGGACCAGAUCGUGGGUCGUGGCCCAGCGAUGGCGGACAAAGACCGAGGCAAGGGCCCGGCGGAGGCGGAGCUGCCCGAGGACCCCAGCAUGAUGGGGAGGCUGGGGAAGGUGGAGAAGCAGGUCCUGUCCAUGGAGAAGAAGCUGGAUUUCCUGGUGAACAUCUACAUGCAGCGCAUGGGUGUCCCCCCGACGGAAACUGAGGCCUACUUUGGGGCCAAGGAGCCAGAGCCAGCGCCACCGUACCACAGCCCAGAGGACAGCCGGGACCACGGUGGCCGGAGUGGCUGCAUCAUCAAGCUUGUCCGCUCCACCAGCUCCAUGGGCCAGAAGAACUUCGCGGCGCCCCCACCUGCGCCCCCUGCCCAGUGCCCACCCUCCACCUCAUGGCAGCAGCAGUGCCACCCCCGCCCAGGCCAUGGCACCUCACCCGUGGGGGACCACAGCUCGCUUGUGCGCAUCCCGCCGCCACCCGCCCACGAGCGGUCCCUAUCUGCUUACAGCGGGGGCCACCGGGCCAGCACAGAGUUCCUGAGGCCGGAGGAUGCCCCGGCCUGCAGGCCCCACGAGGGAGCGCUGAGGGACAGUGACACAUCCAUCUCCAUUCCAUCCGUGGACCAUGAGGAGCUGGAGCGCUCUUUCAGUGGCUUCAGCAUCUCCCAGUCCAAGGAGAACCUGGAUGCCCUCAACAGCUGCUACGCGGCGGUCGCUCCGUGUGCCAAAGUCAGGCCCUACAUCGCAGAGGGCGAGUCGGACACGGACUCGGACCUCUGCACCCCGUGCGGGCCCCCACCACGCUCCGCGACGGGCGAGGGCCCUUUCGGUGAUAUGGGCUGGGCCGGGCCCCGGAAGUGA